AUGCACUUUGCCACAAUCAUCGCCUCCGUCGCAGCCCUGGCCCCGUUCGCCAGCGCAGUCGGCAACGCAGUCGUCACCAACCACUGCAACUUCCCCGUCUACCUCUGGUCUGUCGGUGGCAGUGUGGGACCCCAGAAGACCAUCGCGCCCGGCGGCAGCUACACCGAGCUCCUGCACCACGACGCAGCCUCCGGCGGCAUCGCGCUCAAGAUCACCACCGUCGCGAACGGGCUGUACAACGGCAGUCCACAGACCAACUUUGCUUAUACCCUUGACCCUGGCACGGUCUGGUAUGAUCUGUCGGAUGUCUUUGGCGACCCAUUCUCUGGCAAGACUAUGGUCGUCAGGCCCUCGGAUACGAAGUGUUCGAACAUUUGUUGGACCCAGGGGGUGAAUCCCGGUGGAAGCCAGACUAAGAAUUGUGGAUCUGGCUCGAGUAUCAAUUUGAACCUUUGUGCGGCGAAGUGUUAA